UUCCGAAGACUUACUCUGUCCGUGGUGCUGAACCAUUUGCCAAGAGGCGCCCAGGCGGGCGCUGUCAGCGGUGCUGAAAAAAAUCUUCCCUGACGCUGCCCAAAUCAGAACAGUGUAUCUGUUAUUUACUCACGUCCUCAAAGAGCAGCAAGCUUUCUCCAUCUUAAUUCGACUCUACCGCAGAGCAGAGUUUGCGCUGGCGUGAUGGGAGGAGAUCAUGGGCAAGAAGGAAAAACUAACAGCAGCAUCGCUCACCUGAGACCUAAGAUGCUCCCAUGAGUUUCGGAAGUGCUCUGCUCCUUACAGCAAAGGCACCAUUUUAAAAAGUACUAUUCUUUUGACUUCGUCCUUACACAAGGGUUCUGUGAUAUUUCCACCCGCGUUAGAAAGGCAGAGGGUUUGUCAGCAACAAGGCUUUUAAAACCGAGGAUUUACAUUGUUUUCAAGUGGACUGACUUCCAGGACAAGGACUCAUCUGCACCCGCUCAAAUACCAUGGCACUGCGUGCGCCCUUUGCCACCGGAUCCUCCCCUUCCAAUGAGACUUUCUGAUUGUGUCUACCAACUCUCCUAUUAGGAAACCCGUGGGUUGCAUGCAGCUAUUCUGUUGUAUUCUCGUUCUCACUCUCCCUCCCCUCUCUCACUCGCACUCUAGCAAGAGGCACACCGAUGCUAUUCUUCUGAGGAGGAAAAAAAAAAAAAAACCUACAACUACCUUAAGCGAUUAAGACAAUAUGCGCAACUCUCGCCUUUCAUAGCGAUCUCUAUUUAAAUCUGGCAAGAGCCGACACCAAGCUUUGCAAGAAUGGAGUCGGUAAAACAAAGGAUUUUGACCCCAGGAAAAGAGGGGCUAAAGAAUUUUGCUGGAAAAUCCCUCGGCCAGAUCUACAGGGUGCUGGAGAAGAAGCAGGACGCCGGGGAGACCAUCGAGCUGACGGAGGAUGGCAAGCCCCUGGAGGUGCCUGAGAAGAAGGCGCCCCUGUGCGACUGCACGUGCUUUGGCCUGCCGCGUCGCUACAUCAUCGCCAUCAUGAGCGGCCUGGGCUUCUGCAUCUCCUUCGGCAUCCGAUGCAACCUGGGCGUGGCCAUUGUGGACAUGGUCAACAACAGCACCAUCCACCGCGGGGGCAAGGUGAUCAAGGAGAAAGCCAAAUUCAACUGGGACCCGGAAACCGUAGGGAUGAUCCACGGUUCUUUCUUUUGGGGCUAUAUCAUCACCCAGAUUCCGGGCGGCUACAUCGCUUCUCGGCUGGCAGCCAACAGAGUUUUCGGAGCUGCCAUACUUCUUACCUCUACCCUGAAUAUGCUAAUCCCAUCAGCAGCCAGAGUGCAUUAUGGGUGUGUCAUCUUUGUUAGGAUACUGCAGGGACUUGUUGAGGGUGUCACCUACCCAGCAUGUCAUGGGAUAUGGAGCAAAUGGGCUCCCCCUUUAGAGAGGAGUCGAUUGGCAACCACCUCCUUUUGUGGUUCCUAUGCUGGAGCUGUGAUUGCAAUGCCUUUAGCUGGCAUUCUUGUGCAGUAUACUGGCUGGUCUUCCGUAUUCUAUGUCUAUGGGAGCUUUGGAAUGAUCUGGUACAUGUUUUGGCUUUUGGUGUCCUAUGAGAGUCCUGCAAAGCAUCCUACUAUUACAGAUGAAGAACGUAGGUACAUAGAAGAAAGCAUUGGAGAGAGUGCAAAUCUUUUAGGUGCAAUGGAAAAAUUCAAGACUCCAUGGAGAAAAUUUUUUACAUCUAUGCCAGUCUAUGCAAUAAUUGUUGCAAACUUCUGCAGAAGCUGGACUUUUUAUUUAUUGCUUAUUAGUCAGCCAGCAUAUUUUGAGGAAGUCUUUGGAUUUGAAAUCAGCAAGGUUGGCAUGCUAUCUGCUGUGCCACACUUAGUAAUGACAAUUAUUGUACCUAUUGGAGGGCAGAUUGCAGAUUUUCUAAGAAGCAAACAAAUUCUUUCAACUACUACAGUAAGGAAGAUCAUGAAUUGUGGUGGUUUUGGCAUGGAGGCAACGCUGCUUCUGGUUGUUGGUUAUUCUCACACUAGAGGGGUCGCAAUCUCAUUCUUGGUACUUGCCGUGGGAUUCAGUGGAUUUGCUAUUUCUGGUUUCAAUGUCAACCACUUGGAUAUUGCUCCAAGAUAUGCCAGUAUCUUAAUGGGCAUUUCGAACGGUGUUGGCACAUUGUCAGGAAUGGUUUGCCCUAUUAUUGUUGGUGCAAUGACAAAGAAUAAGUCACGUGAAGAGUGGCAGUAUGUCUUCCUGAUCGCUGCCCUAGUCCACUACGGUGGAGUUAUAUUUUAUGCAAUAUUCGCCUCAGGAGAGAAGCAGCCCUGGGCAGACCCUGAGGAAACAAGCGAAGAGAAAUGUGGAUUUAUCCAUGAAGACGAGCUCGAUGAAGAAACAGGGGACAUUACUCAAAAUUAUAUAAAUUAUGGUACCACUAAGUCUUAUGGUGCCACAACACAGGCCAAUGGAGGUUGGCCCAAUGGUUGGGAAAAGAAAGAGGAAUUUGUACAAGAAGAAGUACAAAACUCAUACAACUAUAAGGACCGAGAUGAUUAUUCAUAACAAAGCUAAUUGCUGGAUUUAUUUUUAGUGUUUGUGAUUAAAUUAAUUGUGAUUGCACAAAAAUUUUACAAGAUGUGGUGUAAACAUGUACACAUAUCAACCGGGCAAGUCUUGUUGUAAAAAUGAAAUCAAAACAAACUCAUGAAGUUACCAUCAAGUGCAAUCUAUAGAAGUUGUGAAAUUCCAUCAUUUCCAUUCAAGUCAUCCAUUCUUGCAUUUGUGAUUUAAAGGUUGGCUGGUCAAAAUUGUAGAAGCAAGUAGUUACUCAUUAGAUUCAUAUGAGUUAAAACCCAUCACCACUUAAUAAAGCACAACUAAAACAGUUGGCACAUCCCAUCCUACAAAGGUUAGGAAGCCAAAGCUACUUGAUCAUGCAAAAUGCACUUACAUAUUUGUUAUACUAUAUUGCAAGAUAUCGUGCAGAAGUCCUGUUAAAAAAAGGUGAAGUUGUCAUGUUGGCUGCAUCGGGUGUUGGCAACAUUUAUUGAGUAUAAAUCAUAGAGUUGAGAUAUCUCUCAUGUAGAGAAGAAUGUUGUGGGCUAGCAACUAGCAAGGUGUACUAAAUAAUUAUUGUUAUUACACAAUGUAGACUAUUUUGUUGAUUUUCAAGAGGAAUAUCUUGCAGUGUUUUAUAUGAAAUGCUUGGGCACAAACACUUUUAUCUGUGAAAAGGAAGUCGUAGAGUGAGGGGUAUGCUUCAUGUUCUUCCAUUCAUUUACCUAACAGUAUAAAACACUUCACACUUCAAUAAAAUCUGACUUUUCAUGUAGCAUAUCACAUAACUUUUUUGCAAAAAUAUUAAAAAUAAAUAGACUUCAAUGUAUUUUUUAUUACAACUUUGUACUGGUUGUAACUUUCAUUAGAAAAAAAAAAAGAUGCAUACACCAUAAAGAAUCUAAUAAGAAAUUUACUAUGGAGAUAUAGCCCUUAAAAUGCAAUAUUAACAGCAAAAGAAAUAGACAUGAUAGAGGUAUCUUUGUUCCUUACUGAUUAAAUAUAUAUGAAACUUGUGCCACAGAGCUAUAUAUAAUAUGAAAAGGUAAACUUAAUAGAGAUAUUAUAAGUAGAUGAUUUUAUUAUUUAAAUUCCCACUAAAAUAUUUGUCUUAAAUAUAUAGGACAAUAAAUUAUAUUAAAACUAUAUCUAUAUAUAUCUGUAUAUCUUAUACAUAUCCAUACACAUAUACAUAAUAAACGAUCUUCACAAAAAACCAAAAAUAGCAUACACCUAAUGUUGGGUUAGGGGACUGCAAUUUCUACUUUCAUAGAGUCAUAGAAUUUUAGAUGGGGCAGAGGCAUUUUGCUUGUCAUUUCUUAAUAUAACUCAACAGAAAUUGCAACAUUUGUGUACCGAGCAAUAAGUGCAAUGCAUAAAAUUUCCUGUCUGUAUAUUAUCUUCAUUUGCUUCCGGUAGCUGUUCAGGUGGUUGGAAUGAUUUUCUUCCUUUAAAAAGUUAACAUCAGACCUCUUGAUGAUGUUUGAAAAUGACAAUGAUACAUUUCCCAAUUCAACUUAAAAUAUUAUUGGUGUGUUUAAUUGUCUAUUCUGGAUAUUUGAUCUGCUCAUUGUAUUGUGCUAGUGACUGGAGGCCCUGCUACUGCAAAUAUAAAACAUAAAGUUUGUUUUAAAAACGCAAACCAUUCUUGACCUUAAGAUAAUAAAAAUAUCUUUUGCUUUGUGUCUCAAAGUGAUGUAAUGUGAUCAUCGCUUUUACUGUGUUGAAUGAAAAGAUAUGGACUAUCAUUUUGUUGCUGCAAAAAAAGAAAGUGUUAAUAAAAUGCUCUAUUUA